CAAUCGCUUCCUUUCAAUCGUUCUUCGUUCUCGUUCAUCCUGAUUUCUGGGACCGGCGUCUGAUUCCACAUACUGCUUCCUUUCUUCUACCCAUUGCAAUCUGCGCCUUCAUUACCACCCGCACAACGUCCCGACGGUCUUCAGGUAUGCUCGGUUUUCCCUCGCCGCUUCCACAUAUCCGAUCGGCCCCCCCACUGACCCGCCACCACCGUCCUCGAAUAGCCUGUGGAUACAAGAGAGCCUCUACUUCCAUCCAGCAUAUCUACACACCCUCGACCUGCUCUGUCGCCAGAAGCAACCCCACUACGCAAUAAUAUGUCGGCCCCAGAAGCUCUUGUAGCAACACCAGACGUAUCUGCUAGCAUUCCGAUAUCUCAACCUACCGCAGACUCCAAAACUGUCGGCGACGAGGCUACAGGCAUAUCAUCGGCGCUCGAGAUCCUGUCAAUCGACGCCAAAGAGAAACCGCAAACUUUGAAAGAUGAUACCAUCACACGGGAAGAUGCGUCUUUACCUCCGGGCAGUUCGGCGGUAACUUUGGAUGAAGUUACUAACGCACCGGCGAGUCAACUGAACGGUAUCCCCUCAGUCAUCCGGAUAUUGUCCCAGAAUGGCGACUCUACUAGUGCGUCCUCUGGAACGUCGGAUCGGUUAUCGCCGGUCAUCGUCGUCUCGCCUCAAGCGCAGGAACCCUUCGUUACACAACAACUGCAAACCAUGCUGUGCGAUCCAGUUGACCAGCCGGACCCUCGUCUGAUAGAUGCGCUGGAGAAUCCACGAGACCGUAUCUUUGUGAUCAAGCUGGAGAAAGACAUCGUUGCGUUUAUCGAGAACAAAAAUUGCGAGAUUUUUGACAUGCCUCCUAUAAACUCUUACCACCGUCUUUUGGCGCACAAGAUGGCUGAAUACUACCGGCUUACCCACGUGGCCGACUCUUCCGGCGCGUCAGUACGCAUGUUCCGCGGCGAGGCAGCACGAAUACCCACCACCUCACUUUCAGCCUGGCCGGUAGCGGCACAGCAAAUCCAGAAGGCAGUUUCGAGUGGUGUGAUACCAGCUGUCAAGAUCAUGCGACGCGGAGGUGGAUCCGAUACCCCACCAAGAGGCUCCUCCAAAACCAGGAAAGCAGGCUCUGACACUUCGUCCGACAACGAUAACUCCGUUGUCACCUCGAACUCAAAGACCACCCGGGAAGAGCGGGAGGCUGCUUACCAACAGGCCCGAGCUCGAAUCUUCAAGGAUUUCGUGGAAUCGCCUCCGGAGACCCCGCCGCCGGGAAAGCAGGAAAAGUCCCGCAGACAGGACAAGAAUGACGACUUCUCCGGACGUUCGCAGUUCUUCCCUGUGAUGACCCAGCCGUAUCUUCCUACCCAUGGCUACCACGAUCCGAUGCAGCCGACAAUGCCAACCAUGUCUGUCAUGGCCAACAUGCAACCAAUCAUGCAGCCAACUAUGCACCAGCCGCUGCAGCAGCAACAGAUCCCUCAGAAUCACAUCUCUCAGCAGCGAUUCAAUCCGACAGCAAACUUUACCCCGUCGCCGCAGUUCCCACAUUCUGGUCCACCACCUUAUUCGACGUUGCCGUCUGUAAGGUCGUAUCCGAACAUGAAUACCAGGAUCACGACGCGGGGAAUGGGAUACCCAAUGCCCCCCACACACCAACAGCCGACAGCGCAACCGCUCUACCCCCAACAACAGCAGCCGCAGCCGCAACAGCAGCAGCAGAACAGCAGCUACUAUCCGAACCCGGCGCAAUCUCCACAGACCAUGCACAGCAGCCGUAGUUUCAACCCGAAUCUGCCACAGCCGCAAAUGAUGCAAUCUUCGUACAGCUCCGGUGGUAGUGGGUUCCAACAGCAUCAGAGCCAGCAUGUCAUCCAGCCGCACCACGGAAUGCAGCCAUCGCACGGCAUGCAAUCCCACCACAACAUGCAGCCACCACAGCAAUUCAACAACCCCGCAACCUCGCCUUCCCUCGUGAACAGAUCUCUUCAGCAGCAGCAACAGCAUUACCCACUGCAGCACCAGAUGCCAUUCAACGUACAAGUGAGCCCCACGCCGCAACGCAUGCCGCAGCAGCAGCAGCAGCCUCACCUGGGCUGGGGAAACGUCGGACAGCAGUCUCCUCUCAACGGCGGCAUCGCCAUGGCCCCACGCUCUAGUAGUGCGCCGGGACACCACGUGAUGGACGGCGGUAUGAACGGGUUUGGGCCGGCAGGAGGACCCUGGGGUGGCCAGCACGGGGGAUGGAACGGUGGUGCGGUUGGAGGAGGUGCCGCUGGUGGUGGCGGUGGAGGGAUGAAUAUGCGCAUGUAGAUGGGGACCCUUCUUCCGUCACUCGUUUUGUUUCUUCUACCUACCUACCUAUCACCACCACCCUUACUUACAUACCUCUACUCCCCUCUACCCCCGCUACUACCGUACGAUAGCGUAAUUCUCUUUUCCUUCCUUUCUUUCUU